CGCUGGGCCCCGGAGGAGGGCGGGCCCAGGCGCCUCCCCCGAUUGCGGGCAGCCAGCCUCGCGCCCCCGCCCGCCCGCCGGCUCCAGCGCCCCGCGCCCCGCCCGCAGCCGCCGCUCUGCCCUGCCGGCUCACCCUAGCUUGGCUCCGCGCGGGGGCUGCGGGGAGGGGGCGUGGAGGAGGAGCCGAGGAGCCGCGUAGCUGGGAGGAAGCAUUCAGGUUCUGGGAACACACCGUGGGAAAUGCUCAGUUAGUUAUGUACUCACGCCAUGCUUCCGAGGCCUCAACUCUCAAAUCCCAAAUCUGAUUUCCAUUGUCCUGAAAGACAUCCUGGCUUUUCAGAAGUUCCUUGUGGAGUCCCACUGGAUGUCUCACCAGACCCCUCCAUCAUGUUUGAGUGUUGACCCUUUGCCCAGAGGACCACUCCUACUGCAGUCUGCAGCCACUCAGCCUGUGUCCUCUGCUUGCUCUUUUUCCUUCCUACGUUGGGUCCUGGUACCUUCUACGUUUCUGAGCCAGAGACCUUCUGGAAACCCCAAGGCAUUGCUUCAAGUCAGCUCAGAAAGUGGAGUUCCGGAAACAUACCUGAAAUUCUGCCCUAAGUCAGAGGAACCAGAGGGUCCACCAGUUCUUCCUCUGCCUCUCUUUCCAGGAGCAGCCAUGGCCCUGAGUGAUGUCGAUGUGCAAAAGCAGAUUAAGCACAUGAUGGCUUUCAUUGAGCAGGAAGCUAAUGAGAAGGCCGAAGAAAUAGAUGCCAAGGCUGAGGAAGAGUUCAACAUUGAGAAAGGACGCCUUGUGCAAACCCAGCGACUGAAGAUUAUGGAGUAUUAUGAGAAGAAAGAGAAGCAGAUAGAGCAGCAGAAGAAAAUCCAGAUGUCUACCAUGAGGAAUCAGGCAAGGCUGAAAGUCCUGAGAGCCCGAAACGACCUCAUCUCAGAGUUGCUGAAUGAUGCAAAGCUGAGACUCAGCCGGAUCGUCACAGACCCAAAAUUUUACCAGGGGCUGCUGGAUAAACUAGUGCUCCAGGGUCUGCUACGACUGCUGGAGCCUGUGGUGAUUGUACGCUGCAGGCCACAGGACCACCUCCUGGUGGAGGCUGCAGUGCAAAGAGCCAUCCCCCAGUACACCUCAGUCUCCCACAGAUGUGUGGAAGUUCAAAUUGACAAAGAGGUGCAACUGGCUGCAGACACAACUGGAGGUGUGGAGGUCUACAGUAGCGAUCAGAGAAUAAUGGUUUCUAAUACUCUGGAAAGUCGACUGGAUCUCUUAUCUCAGCAAAAGAUGCCAGAAAUACGAAAGGCCUUGUUUGGAGCCAAUGCCAACAGGAAGUUUUUUGUAUAAGCCUCUGGAAAGUGAAGCUCCUGUUGAACUUUUAAGCCGUAAAAGUAUAACUUAUUAGGGCAAAGCAAACUGGUAAUAUCUCCUCGUCUGUUUCGCCCUGGGAUUAGUCUAACUUUAUGAAAUACUCUCUGACUAGCUAAAGGCAUUAUACUUUGGAAUAAAGCCUGACUUAAUGCUUAUAAAUCUAAUUCCAUUUUCUCUAUACAUUCUAGAGCUCCUGGUCAAUUCUACAGUCUGGGCUGAAAGAAAUAGAGACAUCUGCUCGUUAGCUCAGCUUUCAGCUGAGAGUGAAUGGUAAUCUUGAUGUAUGCGUCUGGGUGUCCUAAAUUUAAUACGUAUUUGAAGUGUGUUUUUCUUCUUUUGUUUCAGCUUCUUGUUCUUAUUUUACUUAAUAAGGUUUAGACCUCU